AUGGAUAAUCCCCAUCCCGGUCCCCUACAAGACAAGACUGCUCCUCGUCCUUACAAAUGUCCUUAUCCACUCUGCGGUCGUGCUUUCAGCAGACUAGAACAUCAGACGCGGCACAUCCGUACGCACACGGGAGAGAAACCGUUCGUGUGCACCCAUCCUGGCUGCGAGAAACGAUUCUCCCGCUCCGACGAACUCACCCGUCACUCCCGUAUUCACAACAGCGACGCUAAUGGGACAGGACCCGGUACCAAAGGUAGAAAACUCAAAUCAGAACAUUCCACUACCACAACCACAGACAGCCUCGAAUCCGCUAUCAGCCUCCACUCCCUGAUAGGAUCUGAAUCCCGUAUCGACGAUACCACCGUCCGGGUCAAGAAGAAGGCGAAAAGUAGAGCAAACAGCGACGAUGAGGGUGAAGCCUAUGCACGACCUACCUCUAUCGGGUCAUACGAUGCAGUAUCCCAUCGUCGUUCCCAGUCCCAUCUCCCGCUUCCUAAUCCAUCGCCCUUCUCAACUCUCUCGAGCGUUGCCAUGGACGAACUCUACGCCCUAGAACGUGAAGAAGCACUCCGGCGCGCAGAAUACGAAGCUCGCCAUGCAGAAGCACUUCGUCGUGCCGAAUACGAAGCCCGAACCAGUGAUGUGAUUUAUAUUCGUGGUCGACCUAGCAAAAGUGCGACCACCAGUCCUGUAUCGACCCCUUAUCACACCGCCGCAUCCCUCAAACCUGUCGACGGUGUUUCGCUUGGAACUACUUGCCAUCCGAGGAGGACGUGGCAAGAUGAUGAUGAAACCAGUAGAAUGAUGGAUAAAGCGGCGCGCGUUCAGCGUAGGCUGAGUGGUCCUGCGUGGCAGAUGACCCCGGUGACGCGUAACACGUCAACGGGACAACCCCCGGCUGGAACUUGCAUGGAAAUGCCAGCGUCGACGACCACCUCGUCGUCAAGUACCACCCCUGAUCAAGUUCGGAACAGCACCCUCGUCUCUCGGCAUCUUUCUACACACGAAGACUCACCUUCUCCACUUAGCUCCGACUCGGACUCUAUCCCUCCCUCGCAUCGUUACUCCACCCAUCCUGCCCAUCUCACUUCCUAUCCACGUACACGUCCCAUCGCCAAUUCGAACUCUAGCGCUGGACCCACUGGCACAGGCAAUGAACUCUCCCCGCGAUCACGGUCCGCCUCGAAACCCGAGUUUACAUUUACCCCUUCGACGAGCCCGUUCCUUGGUCCAUUCCGGACACUCAAUCUGCAUUCUGCGAAUCCGUCUCGUGCGCCGUCGCCUAUCCUACUUCCGCCCGCAUGUUCCACGAAUGGGUAUGGAAAGAGUGGAGAGGGGUCAAUGAGCCCUGUGGACGGCUCUUUUCAUGGCCAUUUACAUGGGUUGUCCGCAAUGAGACAACGCGAUCGAGGGUCCAGUAUUGUCGGAAGUCCGCCUCGUUCUCGCGUAGCUGCAGGCUCAGGUGCGAGUGCUGGAGUUGGAAUGUUCGGCCCUGGAUCUCGGAACAAGAGUUUUGGUGAUAUCCCGUACAGCAUGUCAACAAUUCCACAUGUGCACACGUACCCGGGACAGUUAUCCCUCGCUGCUUCCCAAGCAAAUAGGAAAGAUGCGGAUAGGAAGAUGGCCGGUGCAGGUACCGGAGCAGCACCUACGCCACAGCUGUCGAGCGGCCCAAGUAGUUGCAGUAGUGGCAGCAGUCCGGGAAGCUCGGUGUAUCCUAUGGCGAGGUCGACUAUGGGAAUAGGGAGACCAACAUUUGAGAUUGGCGUGCCGACACAGAGUCCAUCUGUUUCGAGAUCUGGGUCUCCGCACCAUUCGCCGCGAUCCGGGCAGUAUACGAAUGGGAAAUACCCACCGCAAGCGCAGCUGUCACAGACCCAAGUGCCCUCGCAGGUACACGGUACAUAUCAUCAUCACCAUUAUCUGGCACAUUCGGUUCGUUCGGCGUUUGGAAUGACACCUAUCCAUUCCAACUCGAUUUCCGGUGGUGGUGGGAGCAACCAUAACGGCACCAGCAUUCCGCAACGAAACCCAUCUUGGCCAGUUCCCUGUCCUCAUCCGCACGCCGGCCCCGUACGUUCCGGCUCGUCCCCAGGUGGAAUUGUCACUCCACAAGCGACACACUCUUACGGCCAAGGUUAUGGAUUCGGGACCCUUGGUUCUGCCUCCGUUCCCCCGUCGAGGGCUCCAUCUCCACCGAUUACACUUCCACCUUUGCGUUUGAGGACGACGUCCCCAAAAUCGGUGUCGAUGGGUGAUGGGGAGAGUAGUGAUGAUGAGGAUGGGAAUGAAGACCAAGAUGCGAAUAUGGAAGGUGAGGGCGUCGUUAUGAGUAGGAAGAGGGAUAGGAGUGGAAGAGGAGUUGCGGUUGAAAAGGAAAAAAUAGCGUUGCCGGGAUUCAAGGAAAUCGAGGCUGUUGCGAGAGGGGAGAAGUGA